AUGCAGAAAGUUUCUCGAUUAUAUUGGCCAUUAUUGGUGACACCAAAAAAUGCCGUUACAAAACCUGUAGAUGCCGUAUCCAAGAGUCAAAAGUUGAUGACAGAUUUGGGCCUUCUAAAACCGGCAUCAAAUGGGACAUUUCAAAUUAUGCCCAUCGCACAACGUUCCUUGGACAAAUUGUGCCAUUUGGUGAAUGAAGCCAUGUUAUCCGUGGAUGGACAAAAAUGCUCUUUACCGGUGCUAACCUCCUCAUCAUUAUGGAAAAAGUCUGGUCGUCUAAAAGGCGAUAUAACCGAAUUUUUUAUGUUACGUGAUCGCCAUGAUAAAUCGUUCCUACUGAGUCCGACUCAUGAAGAAGCUAUUACUUCCAUGUUGGCAUCCACAGCACCCAUAUCAUAUAGGCAAUUACCCUUACGAUUAUAUCAAAUUGGACCCAAGUUUCGUGAUGAAUUAAAGGCUCGAUUUGGUUUAAUGAGAGCUAAAGAAUUCCUCAUGAAAGACAUGUAUACAUUUGAUCGGACUGAAGGAGAAGCUCGUGAAACUUAUGAGUUGGUCAAUGAUGCAUAUACCAAACUAUUUAAGCAACUGGAGGUGCCCUUUGAAAAAGUUGAAGCAUGUACUGGCAUGAUGGGAGGUAAACUAUCUCACGAAUACCACUAUAUAUCAUCAGCUGGUGAAGACAAUUUAUUGCAUUGCCAAAAUUGUAAUUAUGCAUUUAAUAUUGAAGUUACCGGAGAGAAUAACAACGAGAUAUCAUGUCUAAAGUGUAAAAGUGCAGAUAUUAAACAUGUAAAGGGAAUGGAAGUGGCUCAUGCCUUCUUGCUUGGUGAUCGCUAUUCAAAAGUAUUUAAUGCCACAUACCUGCAUACGGAUGGUAAACCUAAGACACUGAUAAUGGGUUGUUAUGGCAUUGGAGUCAGUCGAGUAUUGGCGGCAUCUCUAGAGGUGUUAUCAACUGAAAAUGAAUUGAAAUGGCCAUCACUAUUGGCGCCAUAUGAUGUGUGUGUUAUUGGACCCAAACAAGGUAGUAAAGAAGCCAGUCAAGGCGAUGUUAUUGAAGAGAAGUUAUUGGCACAAAUGCAGGCCAUUUGUAACAGGGAACUUUUACAUGAUGAUCGAAAGUAUUUAACUAUUGGAAAACGUUUAAUGGAAGCGAAAAGAAUGGGAUAUCCCAUUAUAAUUGUGGUGGGUUCCAAAUCCUGUGACGAAGUUCCCAAGAUCGAAGUUCAUAUUAAUGGCAUUUCAAAGGAAUUGGAAAUUAAUUCAGCAUUUAUCGAAGUUACAGACUACCUCAAGCACAAAAACUCUCUAGCCCAAUUGUAA